AAGCUGGCUUGAUGUGUGAGAUGCUGAGGCUUGGUGCUGUACCUAGUGACAUCGACAGGAGUGAUAGAAUCCGGAUGUUUGCCUUACAUCUUAUUAACUACAGAGCAUGUGAAUCUGUUACUGCUACUCCUGCUGCUGCCGCCAUGUUGGGUAUGGCGAAGGAGGCCAAGUUGAUGUCUGAAUGGAUGAGUAAAGAGAAUAAGCUUAUUGUCUCCUGCGACACACUUCUACCCAGAGAGAUCCUGGAGUGUCGUGUGAUACGGGAGGCAACCUUUCAUUCGAUGGUCAUUAUAGUGCAACACUACGUUCCCUCUGCUCCCAUUGCUGCUCCUGUCAUAUGGGAUGCCACUGCUGUUCCUGAAGCAUCAAAUCCUAGUUGUAGGGGCAGCACUGACAAACUGCGUUGUGAAGAUCACCAAGAGAAUGAACAAGAUGAGAAGGGGAACAGACAAAAAAGGAAAAAAUCAGAGUUUGUAGAUGACGAUAGGGAGUGGGUGGAAUUUUGGUCCAAAGAUUUCCAUGAUGAUGACCAUCGUUCACCGCCACUGCAGAUCGUCAAGCACGAAGAUGUUUUGGAGAAUACGUGGGGAUGGAAAAGACUGCUCCCAUUGCCCUCUCUUGUUGAAAUGCCCUUCUAUUGGGAGUACCUCGUGAAAUAUUACCAGCACAAUGCUCCUAACCAGGAUUCACUGUUGAAACCGGGAGCAGAUCAAAUUGCUACUAAUGGAAGUGGAUGUGGGAAUUACUUGUCUGCUGCCACCAAGUGUUGUAUCGAGAAGGAGGAUCAACUUAUUUCGGUGUUGAAUACUCAGUCAGAACACAUGGCCAGCUCGAUCGUCCUGAGUCACAUUAUCAAAGAACGUGCACAUCUCCUGAUCUCCAGGAAGGAUGAGCUUUCUGAGGUGUCUAUGGCUGCCUUUGUGUGUAUUGGCAACGAAGCUGAGUUGAUGUAUCAGAUGCUGGAGCUCAAUGCUGGACCCGAUGACAUCCAGUUGAGUGAUUUAAUCCGGAUGUGUGCCUUAUGUCUUAUGAACUACGGAGGUCACAGAUCUAUUGCAGCUGCUGGUGCCAUGGUGGGUAUUGCUAACGAGGCGAAGUUGAUAUGUGAGUGGUUGAGGAAAGAAAAUGAGCUUAUUGUCUACCACGACCCAUCUUUACCCCGAUAUUAUUUUCAUGGCAAGAUUAUCCGGGAGAGAGCUGUGAAUUUGAUGUUCAAUUUAGUGGAAGAUUCUUCUUCCUGUUAGGGCACAUUCGACUACUUGUGAUGGUUGGGCUGGCAAUUCUGCUCCUGAAGAGGUAAAAUCUGUGUGGUAUGAUUUUUUUUGCUCCUAUAAAGGGAUACAAGGCCUGAUCAUUGCAAUG